AUGCCAUUAUCGAAGCCGGACAAGCCGGAGAGCUGUGAUAAUGUCAAGGUUGUUGUUCGAUGCCGGCCUCUUAAUGAACGAGAGAAAGCUACGGGCUACAAAAUGGCAGUCAACGUAGAUGAAAUGAGAGGAACGAUAACUGUUCAUAAAACAGACUCAUCCAACGAGCCUCCCAAGACAUUUACGUUUGACACAGUGUUUGGACCAGAGAGUAAGCAGUUGGAUGUCUAUAAUUUAACUGCAAGACCUAUUAUUGACUCUGUCCUAGAAGGAUACAAUGGUACUAUUUUUGCAUAUGGGCAGACUGGAACAGGCAAAACUUUCACCAUGGAAGGGGUCCGAGCAGUUCCUGAGCUUAGAGGCAUCAUUCCCAAUUCCUUUGCCCAUAUAUUUGGUCACAUUGCCAAGGCAGAGGGGGAUACAAGGUUUUUAGUUCGUGUGUCUUACCUGGAAAUUUACAAUGAAGAAGUGCGGGACCUGCUAGGAAAAGACCAGACACAGAGAUUAGAGGUUAAAGAGAGACCUGAUGUGGGAGUUUAUAUCAAAGACCUUUCAGCCUAUGUUGUAAACAAUGCAGAUGAUAUGGACAGAAUCAUGACUCUGGGCCACAAGAACCGUUCUGUUGGUGCCACAAAUAUGAAUGAGCACAGCUCUCGUUCACACGCCAUCUUCACUAUCACUAUCGAGUGCAGUGAGAAGGGGGUUGAUGGAAACAUGCACGUGCGCAUGGGCAAACUGCAUCUCGUCGAUCUUGCUGGUUCUGAAAGGCAGGCGAAAACUGGAGCCACGGGGCAGCGACUGAAGGAAGCUACUAAGAUCAACCUCUCUCUUUCCACACUGGGGAAUGUUAUCUCUGCGCUGGUGGAUGGCAAGAGCACCCAUGUGCCCUACCGUAACUCCAAACUUACCCGGCUCCUUCAGGAUUCUCUGGGGGGCAACUCCAAAACCAUGAUGUGUGCAAACAUUGGUCCAGCAGACUACAACUACGAUGAGACUAUCAGCACUCUCAGGUAUGCAAACCGAGCCAAGAACAUAAAGAACAAGGCCAGGAUUAAUGAAGAUCCUAAGGAUGCUUUGCUCCGCCAGUUUCAAAAAGAAAUUGAAGAGCUUAAGAAAAAACUGGAAGAAGGGGAAGAGAUAUCUGGUUCUGAGACCAGUGAUUCUGAAGAGGAGGAUGAAGAUGACGAUGGGGAGAUUGGAGAGGAUGGGGAGAAGCGGAAGAAACGGCGGGGCAGUAGCAGCAGCAGUAGUUCAGACUCCACAUGCUCUGUCAUAGAGAAACCUCUGGAUAAGUCCUUCACUAAUCAAGCAGGCAAAAAGAAAGUUUCCCCUGAUAAGAUGGUAGAGAUGCAAGCAAAGAUUGAAGAGGAAAGAAAAGCUCUUGAAACUAAGCUUGAUAUGGAAGAAGAAGAAAGAAAUAAAGCCAAAGCUGAACUGGAGAAGAGAGAAAAAGACUUGCUUAAAGCUCAACAAGAGCACCAGUCCCUAUUGGAGAAACUGUCUGCAUUGGAGAAAAAGGUGAUUGUGGGAGGAGUGGACUUGCUGGCAAAAGCAGAGGAGCAGGAGAAGCUUCUAGAAGAAUCAAAUAUGGAACUGGAAGAACGAAGGAAGAGAGCGGAACAGCUUCGCAAGGAGCUUGAGGAGAAGGAGCAAGAACGCUUGGACAUUGAGGAGAAGUACACCAGCCUCCAGGAAGAAGCACAGGGGAAAACCAAAAAGCUGAAGAAAGUUUGGACCAUGCUUAUGGCUGCAAAAUCGGAGAUGGCAGAUCUGCAACAAGAGCAUCAGAGAGAGAUUGAAGGAUUGCUAGAGAAUAUUCGGCAGCUAAGCAGGGAACUUCGUCUUCAGAUGCUUAUCAUAGACAACUUCAUUCCUCAGGACUACCAGGAAAUGAUUGAAAACUACGUUCACUGGAACGAAGACAUUGGAGAAUGGCAGCUGAAAUGUGUUGCAUAUACAGGAAACAAUAUGAGGAAACAGACGCCUGUCCUGGAUAAAAAAGAAAAAGAUCCCUUUGAAGUGGACCUUUCCCAUGUUUACUUAGCUUACACUGAAGAGAGCUUGAGGCAAUCUCUGAUGAAGCUGGAGAGGCCGAGGACUUCAAAAGGAAGAUCCAGGCCCAAGACGGGUAGAAGAAAACGUUCGGCAAAGCCAGGAGCUGUCAUUGACUCUCUGCUGCAGUAGGUGUGACCUGUUCAGAAUUGCCGUAAAAGUCAGUGAGUGUAUAAGAUUUGGCCAGAAAAUGGAAUUCAAGAGAUGGCACAGUUUGACAUGGCUAUAAAAUCCAUGCCUUGCUGGAUGGAGCUUUAUUUUAAAAAAAAAAAGUAUUUUUCCUUAGUUGCCCGUAUAUUGUAUGUUAUAUUAACAUAAUAUUAAACUGGUAUAUAUGAUGGUUGUGAAAUUCCAUGUGUUAAACGUGUUGUGCAGGGAAACUAUUGUUGGCAAUCCUUGUUGAAAUGUAUAGAAAAUAAGGGUUCUAGAUGUGUGUUUAAGUGCUAGACAUGUUAGCUCAAAACGGUUGAAAUCCUAAAAUUUAAGGCUGGUAAAUCUGAUUUAUGCCCUGCUUUGCACAUAACUGGCAGCUUUCACUAUUGUCCUCUGUUGCACUGAUCUGUAUUUGAAUGUGGUUGCUGCAAACCUUUGAAUUAAGAGCAUCAAACC